GCGGCAAGAUCAAGUGUAUGACGUUUAUCGAUAGCACACAUAGCAUUGCAGCCGCAUCCGAUAAUGGAAGUAUUCACGUGUUUAGAAUUGAUUAUAUGACUGGCGUCAAUUCGCCAAAGUAUGGUAAGCCAGUGACCAUACGGGAGACAUACUUGGAUGCGGAAUAUGCAGUGGCAAUGGAACAUUUCGAUACCGGCACCGAAUCUAUCCUGUUGUAUGCGACUUCCAAGGGAAACAUAUGUGGAUUGGAUUUGCGAUCCAUGGAAGUAUUAUGGACUUUCGAGAACCCGAGAAGUCACGGUGUUAUCACCGCAAUGGUGACAGACAAAAAAUAUCGAUGGCUUCUUAUCGGCACGUCGCGAGGAAUCUUCACUCUAUGGGAUCUAAGAUUCAGGAUUCAACUAAGGUCAUGGGUGCAUCCCACAAAAAGUCGAAUCAGCAAACUUUUGUUGCAUCCACAAGCCGGAUCUGGUAGGCAAAGGUGGUGGGUGAUUGUUGCGGCAGGAAAAAAUGAAGUAUCAAUUUGGGAUAUAGAAAAGGUUGAAUGUAAAGAGGUUUACACGGUGAGAAGCGGAGAUGAGAAAAUUAGUGGAAUUACGUUCAAGCAAUAUGAUGGCAUACAUGUUCAUUACGAAUCACAUCCUACUUAUCGUAGUACAAACAAUUCGACAUCCUCUUCGCAAACAUCGACAAACAGCCAUGGCUCAAGUAAAUCGAGUCAAAGUGGUGGCAAACGUUCGUCAAAACAAAGUAAACAACAACAUAAUGGAAAGAAUCAAUUGAUCUUUAAUCAACAACUACAAUUGCUCGUAAAUCACUUGGAUUGCAUAACAGAUUUGAAAAUUUUCGAGCUACCUUACCCAAUGUUAAUUAGCGCGGAUAGAGAUGGUAUCGUGAAAGUAUUUUUGUAA